AUGUUCGACCCCAUCCAGGCAAAGUUGGGAGAUCGUGCCGGAAGUCUGCUCUUCUUCCCGCAGCUGAUGGGAGAUGUCUUCUGGACAGCCGCCAUCUUGUCAGCCCUGGGGUCCACCAUGUCCCUUAUCCUGGAUCUGGAUCCCGUCUUGUCCAUCAUCGUGUCUACCUGUGUGGCCGUGUUCUACACCUUCAUCGGAGGACUGUACUCUGUGGCCUACACUGAUGUCAUCCAGCUCAUGUGUCUUUGCGUGGGACUGAUCGUGGCAUGUCCGUUGGCCUUCUUCCACCCAUCUGUUGACCUCUCGCGAAUCAAGGACACGUGGCUGGGUGAGCUGCCCACAAACAUGAUUGGUUUAUAUGCAGACCUCUGUUGUCAGCUUGUCUUUGGAGGAAUGUCAUGGCAGGUCUUUUACCAGAGAGUGUUGGCUUGCAAGACGCCCAGUAUUGCCCGGACAAGUUCCAUUGUCGCAGCGUUUUGUAGCUUUCUUCUCGCCAUACCCCCAGCAGCUAUCGGAGUAGUCGGGGCAGCAGCAGACUGGAAUGCCACAUCCUACACAGGCGAUAUCCCAAUACCUACUGAAUACCACAGUUUUAUCCUUCCCAUGGUGCUCAACUACCUGUGUCCACUUCCGGUGGCAGUGUUGGGACUUGGUGUGGUGCGUCUCUACCAAAUUGAAAUAUCAUGGUCACGUAUUGUCAGAAAUUAA